AUGAGUUCUUGCUAUCAGAAUGUCAAGCGCAAACCCAGUUGGAAAAGGAUUGCCUAUCUGUACAGAGCUGCAGCUUCCGACUUUACACACAGGAUGCUGAGACCUCCUGAUGAUCAAGGUCAUCAACGGCUCCAGUAUUGGCCCUUCUCCUCUGCUGACCUCUAUAACUGGAAGUCUCAGAAUUCCCCAUUUUCUGAAAAUCCCCAGGAUGUGACUAACCUAGUAGAAUCUCUCCUUUUUACCCAUCAGCCUACAUGGGAUGAUUGUCAGCAGCUCCUACAGGUCCUCUUUAGUACUGAAGAAAAACAGCGCAUCCUCUUGGAAGCCAGGAAGAAUGUCCCAGGUGAUGACAGGCAUCCCUUCCCUCCUGCCUGCAGAUAUAGAUGCAGGCUUCCUAUUGACCAGACCCAACUGGGACUUCAAUACUUCAGAAGGAAAGGAGCACUUGAAGGUCUACUGCCAGGUUCUGAUGGCAGGUGUCAGGGGGCAGCUUUCCACCCCACCAAUUUGGCUAAGGUAAGAAUAACCCUUAAAGUGGAGGGGAAACCCACCCAGUUUCUUGUGGAUACAGGGGUCCAACACUCAGCCCUAUUACAAAUGGAUGGACCAAUUUCCAAUAAGAAGUCUUGGGUCCAAGGGGCCACAGAAAACAAACAAUACUCACAGACUACCCAAAGAACAGUGGAUCCUGGUGUGGGCUGGGUAUCCUGUUCAUUCAUUGUUAUUCCUGAAUGUCCCUACCCCCUGCUGGGGAGAGACCUUACUAAGAUGGGGACCCAAAUCCAUUUUCUCCCUGAGGGACCCAGGUCAAGGUCUGGCAGGGGAAAUCCUAUCCAGGUAUUGACCAUGAAGUUAGAAGAUGAAUAUCAAUUGUUUGAAAACAGUAGUAACAAAGCUAAAGAUUUGGAUUGGUGGUUGCAGAAUUACCCAAAGGCAUGGGCAGAAACUGCAGGGAUGGAGAAAGCCAAAAAUUGGCCCCCUAUCCAUGUUGACCUGAAAGCCCAAUCCAGCCCGAUAACAAUCCGCCAGUAUCCUAUGUCCAAGGAGGCUCGAGAUGGGAUCCAACCCCACUUUUUACACCUCCUCCAGCUGGGGAUUCUGUGGAAAUGUCCAUCUGCCUGCAACAUCCCCGUACUCCCUGUGUGGAAACCUGGGACUAAUGACUAUUGGCCUGUCCAGGACAUCAGGGAAGUGAACAAGCAGGUGACUGACCUCCACCAGAUCGUCCCCAACCCAUAUAAUGUGUUGAGUUCUUUGCCUCCCUCCAGAACUUGGUACACAGUUCUAGACCUCAAGGAUGCCUUCUUCUUCCUGUCCCUAGCCACUAAGGGUCAGGAAUAUUUUGCCUUUGAAUGGAAGGACCCAGACUAGGGCAUGAAGGGCCAACUCAUGACUCACCUGCCCCAGGGCUUCAAGAACUCCCCCACCACCUUUGAUGAGGCCCUACACCAAAAUCUGGCCACAUUCCAGGCAGCCAACUCUCAGGUUACUCUGUUGCAAUACAUAGAUGACCUCCUUUUAGCAGCUUCCAGCAAAGAACUGUGCUUGGACGGAAUGAAAUGCCUUCUCACUGAACUAGGAGAACUGGGCUACUGA